AUGGCUCUGCCACCCAGUCCCUUGGCUAUGGAAUAUGUUAAUGACUUUGACUUGAUGAAGUUUGAAAUAAAGCGGGAGCCUUCUGAGGGCCACUCUGGAGUCUCCACAGCCUCAUUGGGCUCUACACCAUACAGCUCCGUGCCUCCUUCACCCACCUUCAGUGAGCCAGGCAUGGUGGGCAGUGGCGAGGCACCUCGGCCAGGCCUGGAGGAGCUCUAUUGGCUGGCCACGCUGCAGCAGCAGCUGGGGUCUGACGAGGUUCUGGGGCUGAGUCCUGAUGAAGCCGUGGAGCUGUUGCAGAACCAGGGCCCAGUCUCUGUGGAAGGGCCUCAUGGCUACUAUGCAGGGAGCCCGGGAGAGAUGGGAGCCCAGCAUGUCCAGCUGCCCGAGAGAUUUUCGGACGCCGCGCUGGUCUCGAUGUCUGUGCGCGAGUUGAACCGGCAGCUGCGGGGCUGCGGGCGCGACGAGGCUCUGCGGCUGAAGCAGAGGCGCCGCACGCUCAAGAACCGUGGCUACGCGCAGGCUUGUCGCUCCAAGCGGCUGCAGCAGCGGCGCGGGCUGGAGGCCGAGCGCACCCGCCUGGCCGCCCAGCUGGAUGCCCUGCGGGCCGAGGUGGCCCGCCUGGCUCGCGAGCGCGACCUCUACAAGGCCCGCUGUGACCGGCUGACCUCGGGCGGCCCUGGGUCCGACGACCCCACUCACCUCUUCCUCUGA